AUGGAUGAAGAUAACCUUUUUGGUGGAGACUUGAGCGAUAGCAGUAGCGAUGAGGAAACCGAAACCGAGAAUUCAAAUGCCGCAUCUCAGAAUUCUGUUGUCGUGAAGGAAGAGCAAGGCGUCGUCAAGGAGGAGAAAGGAGCUACAUCAAAGCCGAAAGUGACGUUUUCACUAGCAGAUGAUGAAGAAUCAAAUGAUGGAAUGUCAGUCUUAAGUGGUUUAGGGGACUCUGGAGCCCUGAAUAUGCCCAUCAGCAAAGCUAGUAAAAGGAAGGCCCCGUCACCGUCUCCAUCUAAUACAGAAGCGAAGCGUGUUAAGUCAGAAGGUCAUCUAGCUGAAUCCACGUCUACUGCAGACUUUCAAGAGGCGUUGAGCUUGCUGAAUGAUCCAACAGGAGAUGCCUUCGCUGCCCCAACGGCUCCAGCUCCUAGAAAAAUUAUUAAAGAUAAAAGCAAAGCGGGACUUGUUAAGAAGGAAAAAGACGUACGAUUUGCGCCAGAUGUUGCGCAGAAUGAGAAACCGUCAACCAGUCAACAAAAGCCACCGGAAAGCUUGACCUCAAAAGCAGAUAAUGAAGAGGAAGAUUCUCUCCCAAUCAAACCACUCAACGAAGAGGAUGAGUUACUGCGUCUAAAAAUGCAGGUAGCACCUCAGAUCAAAACCGCUUGA